GUAAAUUACUACUUUACGAGGAACACGUAAACGCACCACCCAAUGUAAUGUCAAGGAGAGUGGGCGGUCUGUCAGCGGCUGACCCCGCGGACUCACUCUGCUGAGGGAUGCAUCGCGGCUACAGUCUGUUUUUGGCAGCAGGGAGUGAUCAAAGUGACUGUGAUUGGCAGUUGGCAGUGAUAGAGAUACUCCUCUCCAGUGAACCUUAAGUCUGAGUGGCCAGUGUGUGUGUGAGCCAGCCAACAGCUGCCUGAUCUCACUCUGUGAGUCUCCCUAUGGGUGAAGCACCUAUUCUGACGUUGUGAUCAGGCCCAGAGGCCGUGCUUCCAACAGCCUUUAUCCCCACGUCCAGUAUCGUAAUGGGGGAGGUAGUCCAAAUGCACUUCACCACGGUGGACUAUGUCAUCUUUGCCUUGCUGUUGGUGGCCUCAACUGGCAUCGGCCUCUUUUAUGCCUUCUCUGGUGGGCGCCAGCGCACGACACAGGAGUUCCUGAUGGCUGACCGCUCCAUGAGCUGCCUGCCAGUGUCCCUGUCGCUGCUGGCCACUUUCCAGUCGGCUGUUGCUAUCCUUGGUGCUCCGUCUGAGGUGUACACCUUUGGGACUCAGUACUGGUUCUUGGGCUGCUCUUACUUUUUGGGCCUUCUCAUCCCAGCUCAUGUUUUCAUACCAGUCUUCUACAGACUGCGGCUGUCUAGCGCAUAUGAGUAUCUGGAGCUGCGCUUCAACAAGACAGUUCGCAUAUGUGGAACAGUGACAUUCAUCUUUCAGAUGGUCAUUUAUAUGGGGGUGGUCCUGUAUGCUCCAGCCUUAGCACUCAAUGCUGUGACAGGUUUUGACCUAUGGGGAGCAGUGCUGGCCAUGGGAUUGGUGAGCACUUUAUACACUGCUCUGGGGGGUCUGAAGGCGGUGAUCUGGACUGAUGUGUUCCAGACGGUGGUGAUGUUUGCAGGCCAGACCGCAGUCAUCGUGGUUGGGGCCAGCCAGGCAGGAGGCAUGGGAGAGGUGUGGAGGAAAGCAGUUAAUGGCAGCCGCAUUGCUGGUCUAGACCUGAACCCCGACCCUCUGGAGCGCCACACCUUCUGGACACUUGGUGUUGGGGGAGUCUUCCUGAUGCUGGCUCUGUACGGGGUCAACCAGGCCCAGGUCCAGAGAUACCUCAGUUCUCGCACAGAGAAAGAGGCCAUCAUGUCCUGUUAUGUAGUUUUCCCGUGCCAGCAGAUAGUCUUGUGUUUGGGCUGCUUGAUGGGUCUGGUUAUGUUUGCUCGCUAUGGAGAGGACAGCCCUUUAGACAAGGGCUACGUCCAAACUAAUGAUCAGAUGGUGCUAUACUUUGUGAUGGAUGUGUUCAGGGAUCUGCCCGGGCUCCCAGGACUGUUUGUGGCCUGUCUCUUCAGUGGAGCUCUCAGCACCAUCUCCUCAGCCUUUAACUCCCUUGCAACAGUUACCAUGGAGGACCUGAUUAAACCUUAUUUUCCAAACAUGACUGAAGCUAAAGCCACACUACUGUCCAAGGGACUUGCUUUGGUCUAUGGCCUGGUGUGUCUGGCUAUGGCCUACAUUGCCUCUCGGAUGGGAUCUGUGCUGCAGGCAGCCUUCAGUAUCUUUGGGAUGGUGGGGGGUCCUCUGCUGGGCGUCUUCUGUCUCGGGAUGUUCUUUCCCUGGGCAAACCCUACAGGUGCAGUGGUUGGGUUGGUAGCAGGCCUUGCCAUGGCCUUCUGGAUCGGCAUUGGCAGCUUUGUGAUGCGCAUGUCUGGUCCCACCCCUUUGCCACCACUCAACGCUACCGCUUUGCCCUUGUUUGAUAACAUGACCACUAGUCUAAUGACCACAUUGGUCACAGCCAAGCCAAGGCCGAUGGGUGUGGAGGCGCUCUACUCGUUGUCCUACUUGUGGUACAGUGCUCACAACUCAACCACUGUGGUGGUGGUGGGACUGAUAGUCAGCCUGCUAACAGGCCCUAUGAAGGAGAAGGAACUGACCCCCGGCACAGUGUUCCCAGUUCUGGGCACACUGCUCUUCUUUCUACCUGAGCGCUACAGAGAGAAGCUCUGCUGCAUCACUCCUCUGGCCCAAAAGCCCAAAGAAAACACACAGCCUUAUCAGAUGGCCACAAAAGACAGCAACGGAGCAGCUCUCUGCAAAGAGGACACAGUCACAGAGGACAAAGAGAUGGAGAGUGACAGAGCACUUACAGAGGAUGAAGACUUAGAAGCAAGGGUUGUUCCUUCAUACCAACUUACAGCUCAUACAGUCCAGGAGACGGCCAUGUGAUCCUUUUUUCUCCUACUCCUACUAACACACACAAGACCAACACAUACACACUUUGACCCCCAGCUACUGUAUUGUCAGGUUCUUUGGGGGGAGUGUGGUUAGUGAUUUGUCAUGUCAGUUGAAUCUGAUUAUGGAGAAAGGCUUAUGGCCUUGAGUAUUUGUGUGGGAAAACUGUGUUUUAGUGUUACCUGCUCACACAUUUUUCGCAAGACAACAACAAAAACAAAAUAACUGGAACUUUUGCCAGGCUGGAACUGAGCACCCAAAUUGCAGCAAUCAAAGAAGAAGUUAGUCGAUCGUCAUUAAUAACACACACAGGCCUUAUGUCUGUCCAGAUGUGUGCAGUUUGAAGAUGAUGCAGUGGGGAGCUCUCAUGCACAAUGAGCUAUACCACCACGACUGGAUCCAGUCCUUCUGUUUGACAAAGUAUCAGGUAGUUAAGAGAAAUAAGAUGUAAAUGUGAUAUUUUUAUAGAGAAGACAGAACCUCAGAAUCCUAGAAUAUGUAUAAGAGAAUAUAUUAUAAAAGAAAAGACUGAAAUACAGUGGAGGGUAUGACAGGUCUGUGGUAUUGUAAUAGCGUAGUGUCUUUACAUUGCCUUGAUUUAAUACUUAAUGUCUUCUAGCUGCUACAACAGUUGUCUAAAUACAGAGUCCACAAAAGCAAAGAGGUGUGUUGAGAUGAGAGCAGACAUGGCGUCUCACAGUGGCAGUUGAAUUAAAUGGAGCACAUUAAAGUUGUUAACUGACAUCACCAUGUUCCUGCCAACAGUGCAGAACUGCUGAGUCCCCGUGUGUGUUCUAGUGCUUUCCUUAAAGGGAGUUAAUAUCAUCCACUGGUUCUACGACAGCUCCCUUGCAAGUAACCAUCAUUCACUUCUCCCAGUAUAAUACACACUCAUUAGUUUACUUGACAGUGAGCAAUGAAUCAGAUUUUGGACAUAUGGUAAUUGUCAUUUCACAUCAUCACUGAUGUGUCCGUGACAAACAACUGCCCAUUUUUGCAUGGUUAAUGUCCUAGGUAUCGCACUGUGGGAUUGUUGGCAUGAAAUACUUUUUUUUUUUUUUUUUGGUUCUAUUGAGUUUUUAAGCAAAUUAAAAGGAGUAUUGUUAGUCCUAAAACCCAGAAAUGAGUUAAAAUUUUUGCACUUGCAGUUGCCUCUUAUCAAAGUCAGCAGGUUUUUUGUAAGAUGGCUGAAAUAAGGUCUGUGAUCUACAUAAACUAAAGAGAUUUUCCCUUUUUUUUUCCAGUAUAUACCCCUCAAGUGAACUUUAACUCUAAUUUUAACUAAAAUCUGUAGAUUUCAGUGUGUAUAAUAUAGUUUAGUGAUAAGUUUAAUGGUGGUGAUGUAGUUAUUUGACUGCAAUGUUUGUUUCUAAGUUGUUGGUUUUUGUUUGUUUUUUUUACUUCUAGCAAUUUCAUUUAUUCUUCAAAAGUUGUAAAUUUGGAGUUCAUCUAUGAAGAUUAUCUUGAUGAACUUGAUGAACUUGUGAUUGCCGCAGAGCUCUUCUGCAAUGAUCCAAGUUCCAAAAGAAAAAUUGCACAGGCUUUAGGUUGAGGGAACCAGUGUGGUGCUAUCUCUUGGUUGGCCUCCAAAAGUGCAUCAUCCCUGCAGCGCUCUAUUUCACACUCAAGAACACUUCAAUAGAAUGGCAAACAAUAAUUCUAUUGCACUCUACAGUAAUAGGGUGUGAUUUCUGAAAGCAGACUCUGUGUUCUGUGGAACUGUGCAAUGGUACAAAGAGACCUAACUUGGUGUUCUCUCAGAGGCCCUAAGUUCCAUUCCAUUUAGGCCAUUAUAGUUAGUGGUUCCUUCCUGGCCACAGUGAAGGUAAUAACAGCAACCAAAGACUUAACCCAAGACAGAUCUUAAUUCAGCUGAGCGUUGUCAUGUGCAUUGAAGAAGGCAACAUGGAAGUAACAAUGAUCUGGGUGAGGGUAGUUUGUCUUUAGGCAUUUAGUGUAAUUGACAGUACACUAAAAGACCAAUAUGCUGCAUUUAAAUGAAAUGCAAUAGACUGUAAAAUACUUCCUCCAUAAAAUCUUUAAUCAUUUGAGUUUUAGAAAAUGGAAUGUGUAGUUUUCCAUCAUAUGACAUGUUGAUCACACAAAGCCCAUAAAGUUAUAAAGUGCCUCACUGAUGAAUAGUAAUUUUGUUUGCUGGUAUCAUGUGGGGUAUGUUGCCACUGCUCAGACCUUUUGUAAGGUGUCUGGUUUUCAUUAGCUUUAGGUUUUACAGCACAGGGUUGGUUGGUUCUAUUACAUCAGCAUGGAAAGCCACAUUUCUACAUGUGUACCCCUACUCCCAUCUCAUCUCGCAUCAUCCCUGAAGAAAGCACAGCGUGGCUCUGAAGCCCUGUUGGACCUUUUGAGAUGGACCCAUGUGAUGUCCAGUAGGAAGGAAUUUGAUAUAUAUGAAAGUAAAGAUGAUCAUCUCUGGUAAUUUUGUACUUAAAACAUCUCUGUAAGUGCCCAUCUUAUUUUAUAAUUCAGGUUAUAAUCUGUGCCAGUAUGUGACUGAUUUGCAUAGUAGUGUGUCUAAAUAUUGUCAUGAUUUUUGGAAUCACUGAAUUCUUGAUCAUCACCAUUUAAGCAGCAUUUAAGUCAUUUCCCAUUGUCGUUGAGAGGUGUUGUGUGUACAUUGUCUGUCUGUGCUCUGGUCAUAUUUUGUUAUGUGAAUUCUUCAGCAUUGUUAAACUUGUAAAGGCCAAACCAAUCUGACAUGUUUCAAAGAUACAAAAGUUACCUGCAUGUCUUUGAGACAGUCAGUUAAUAUGCUUUUUUUUUUUUUUAGCAAAACAGACAGCUAGCUCUCGGAUGCCUUACUGUUUAAAUCAGUUUGCUAGAGUUGUAUUUUAAGUACAUGCCAGAUAAUCAAGGUGACCUAGUUUGGCAGCAGAAAAGAAGCAGCUUAGUAUGUCUCAUUUAUUUGAAAAGGAUUAUGGACUCUUGAGACCACUAGAUCCCCUGUUUGAUAGAAUGUUGAGCUUUUUCAGACCCAUGUAAGUCCAUUACGAAACCAGCAUGUUUGUACCACCAACCUGAUACUCAAGAAAUACCUCGAUUUAUCCAAAGCAUAUAGAAUAUGAAUUUCUUUCAUAUUUAGUUUUUUGUUUGUUUGUUUCCGAACAGCUGACAUGUUUGAGAUCAUAUUUGUAUAUUUUUCUAAUUUCAUGUCAUGCCUGGGCACAUUUCAAGAGCUGAAAUGUGGAGUUCUAUAUGCAAGAACCAUGAAAUGGUUUUGUCAGGCAGAAUUGGGAACGUAGCAGUCCACUCCUAAGAUGUGAUAGCAUUUUUAGCAUCCUAUGCCUUUAGAUAAACAGCUCCUGGUGAAGUGCUACGUCCUAUAUACUGCCUCCACAGUUGCAAAACAUUUUAGUGGUUCCUAGAGUUUUUAAAACUAAUUUUUAAAUCACAUGUGACAAUGUGUAAUUUAUGUGUGAUUGCAUAGUUCUGAAUCCUCCUCCUUCAUACCUGAAAUUACUUGAAGUGUGUGCCUGUAAUGUUUCCUCAUUGAUGCAUUUGAGGGAAUGUAUAAACUAAGUGCAGAGACAGUAUUGAUAUUAUUGCUGUUAUGGUAACAGUUCACAUUAAAAUGACAGAAAAAAUGAAUUGCUGAAUUUUAAAUUAUUAACUACUCCCCCAAGCUAGUCAAGUUGUGUAGUCCACAUAUUUCAUUUCUGGGGCUUCACUUGAAGGCAGUUGUUCAGGUGAAACAAAUCAGUUUUGCUGUGAAGCUCCAGAAAUGUUUUGUGGAGACUUCACCUGACUGUCCCUCAACAUGGUGAGUAGAUGAUAACUAAAUGUCUAUUUUUCAGUGAACUGCUCCUUUUAAAGAUGUUCUUUAUGAAUACAGACUGGGUGAGCAGUGUGAUACUAAUGGGCACUAACACACUUAAUAAAGCACAAAGAUGUCAGUCCUCAGUAGUCCUUCUGUUGAUAGAAUCUGACUGAAGCCAUCAGUUGGUGUUAAGUAGCUCAGAUGGUGUUCAUGAGUCCUGUUGAUUUUUAUGUAUGUAUGUACCCUCUAAAAGUGUAAUACAUGCUUAUUCUAUUAAGUGGCCUUUAACAGUGAAUCAGUUUGGACUGCACAAUAUUACAGUUUGUGAAAGAGAAGCAUGGCACUUAGUAAUUUCCUCCAACAAUAAAUAUUGUUCAAAACAAUAUUUAUUGUCCUUGUUCUCCCAUCCACAAGAAUUCUUUCUAGUAUGCAUUCCAAAAUAAACCAUAAGCACUGGAGUCGAGAUGACUCCUCUGCUUUGGCUGUGCCUUCAUUUUGUGAUUCAUUUAUUUUGUAAACUGUGUCCUGAUGUAUUGUUUUCAUAUAUAGUCUAGGAAAAUGCCAUGAAGCUCGGCACCAAACAUCUUUCCACAAAUGCAACGAACAAGUAUGUCCGAAUGAAGAAAUGAAUCCUGUGUGACAUGAGCCGAUGGGGAGGAGCAGUCCUGUUGGUGGAUUGUGAAACAGAACACUUAAUUCAGUGAAAAACUCAAGUGACUGCUAAGUUCAACGUACUUGAAUGGAGAUAUUAAAAAUUAUGAUGACAAAUUCA